CAUCUCACCUCAUAUUCUCUGCAACUCCCAAAACAACCAUGGCAGCAGCUUAUGCAACUCUAGUUUCUGCUUUGAAUAUCAUAAACAGCCUUCACCAUCAUCCUCGCCCUCCUAUUUCUCUCCCCAUUCAACAAGUUGAAUGCCUCACUCAAAAGAUUAAUUUCCUGCUUCAAUUUCUCGAGGGGUAUAACCCCCAUCGUGGCUACACCAAGGAUGCGGAUCCAUUGGAGUCUCGCAUUGCAGAUGCAGCUUAUGCGGCCGAACACGCCAUUGAAUCUCAUAUUUUCGAUCAAUUCACAAAUAAUGUAGAAAAUAUGAGUUCUGAUGGCUUGUAUGAAGCUCUCGAGAAGGUGAUACAAGAUAUGGCUUCUAUCGAAGAGGAGGCCAAGCAAAUUCAAGGGAGAGUUGGAGUCCAACAUCAACUGCACACAGAGUCAACGCCUCUUGAUUCGUCGAGAUCUUCUUCGAUUCCGCAGCAGAGUAGCAUGGUGGGUGCUGAUGAUGCCAAGCUUCAAAUGAUGCAUAAGCUCACUUCUGAUAGCCUUCAUCUACAGAUCAUUCCCAUUGUAGGGAUGGGCGGCUCUGGUAAGACCACUCUUGCUAGAACUGUUUAUGAAGAACGUCUUAUUAAGGACCAUUUUGAUAUUCGUGUGUGGGCUACCAUCUCUCAAGAGUAUAUCACUAGAGAAAUUUUUGCAGGACUCAUUCGUGAGUUAAACAUAAAAGUUGGAGAAAAUUUGAGUGAGGCUGAAUUAGGAGAAAAGUUGUAUAAACAUCUUUAUGGUAGAAGAUACCUAAUUAUAAUGGAUGAUAUGUGGAGCAUUCACCCAUGGGAUAGAAUUAGGAAUUAUUUUCCGGAUAACAAAAACCGUAGCAGAAUAGUGGUAACGACAAGGCUAUCGGAUUUGGCUUCUAAAUUACCUAACUCUGAUUGCCUUGGGAUGAAACUUUUGGAUGAGGUUCAUAGUUGGGAGCUUCUCUCCAAAACUGUGUUUGGGAAAGAAGGUUGCCCUCUUGAAUUGGAGAAAAUAGGGAAAAAGAUUGGAAAAAGUUGCAAAGGACUUCCAUUGUCAAUUGUUGUGGUGGGAGGCCUUUUGGCCAAGUCCAAACACGAAAAAGGGUUUUGGGAAGACAUAGGGAAAAAUUUGAAUGCAAGUGUUAAUUUAGAAGAUGAUGAACGCUGCUUGAAAAUACUGUACAUGAGUUACAAUCAAUUGCCAAUACACUUGAAACCAUGUUUUCUCUAUAUGGGAGUUUUUCCCGAAGAUGAGUUGAUUGAAAUCUCAAAGCUCAUCAAAUUUUGGGUUGCGGAAGGAUUUCUGAAACCUGUAAGAGGGAAAAGCUUGGAAGAGAUAGCAAAAGAGUAUUUGAAAGACCUUAUUGGUAGAAAUCUCGUUUUAAGUCACGAGUUGGAUAUUAUGGGAAAAAUAGAAAAGUGCAAAAUUCAUGAUUUGUUGAGAGACUUGUGCUUGAGAGAAGCUGAAAAAGAGAGGUUUUAUAAUACGGCAUCAGAUAAUGUAGGCAUAAGCAUCUUGCCGCCUAUGUCACAAGCUCGUUCUUUGAUGUGGAAUGUUGGACGGAAACUAUCACCUCUCAAUAUGAGCUUGUUGAGGAUAGUGAAAUCAACUAGGUUCCGAUGGGUCGAAAAAGAUUUAUUUGGACACAUGGAUCAAUUAGUUAACUCACGGUUCCUUCAAAUAGAUUUUUACGGAAUAGGAAAGAGGAUUUUUCCUUGUUCAAUAUGGCGAUUUUGGAAUCUACAAACACUUGUUGACAAUCAGUAUGAGGUCAUUACUGCGCCACCUGAUUUUUGGUGUAUGCCUCGCAUCAGGCAUGUUGAGUUCAAGUAUGGGCUUCGUCUCACAGAUCCUCCUAACGACCAAGAUGACAUUGUUUUGGGAAAUCUGCAAAGUCUGGGGAGAGUAUUCGAUUUCAAGUGUAGCGAACAAGUCGUCACAAAAAUUCCCAAUAUAAAAGAAUUGGUUUUCACUAAUUGGGCAGAGCGUGAUGAUGACAUGUAUCGUCUCAGCAAUCUCGAGUGUCUUACUAAACUCGAGUCGUUAAGGUGCUUUCUUUCUUCAAGGAACGCCAUCAACUUUCCCCAUUCACUCAAGAGAUUGAAUCUUCAUAGCUUCUGUUGUUGUUGGUGGGAAGACAUAUUGGAUAAGGUAGGUGUGUUGCCCCAUCUUGAGAAGCUCACACUCGAGUCGGGGAGGUUCAACGAAGGGAGGUGGGAAACAACUGAAGGCCAGUUUCGCAGCCUCAAAUUCUUGACUCUUGUCAUUUGUGGUAAUCUAGAAAUCUGGGAAACUGAAAGCUCCCACUUUCCAUGCCUUGAGCGCCUUCAUCUUAUUGACCUAGAGGAGUUGCGGGAAAUCCCUUUAGAUUUCGCCGAAAUAGCCACACUUAGAGAAAUUUGUGUGUACAGUUGCAGCGAUUCGGCUUUGGUUUCUGCAAAAAGAAUAUCAGAGGAACACGAGGACUAUUACGGGGAAGGAGCCCUUCAAGUUCUCGUUUAUCUCGGGAGUGACAACGAAGCACGACUGAAGAGCUUGGACAGUCCUAACUUUUGUGUUAAACCUUAGGAGAAUCACUGCUAAAAAGAUACACAAAAGACUUUGUACUUUUGGUUUUAAUCGAUUCUAUUCCUACUUAUGAUUUGUAAUAUUUGAGUGAUAGCUCCGGUUUUCUUUAUAUUUUUGGCUUCCUUCUUUUGAAUUCUUAUUUUCUGCUAUUAACUCUCCCUUUUUUGUGCUGUUUCCAAUUUUUCAUUGGCAGCCAAACUAAAAAUGAAGUGGGAGAUAAAGACAGAUGGCCAUUGUUAUUUCCA